AUGUGGUGCACCCGUUUGGUGGCAGUGUUCGUCAGAGAGUGUUUCGAUGGCAGCAGCGGGAAGACUUGGAGCAACUGGCUCCCGUGGGCACUCCUUGCCGGAGCCCUCUUUUUCGCGAUAACCAAUGUUCCUUACAUGGCGCGGGGUAUGCGCCAAUAUGAAGCCCUGUUCAUGGUCACAGUCUUCCAAGGCUCGAACAUUCUGUCAAACAGUCUGUCCGCCGUGAUCGUGCUAGAGGAAAUGGAUGGGGAGCCCUGGUGGAAGCUUGCCGGGUACUUCUUAUGCAUCGGGGGCAUGAUCGUGGGGCUGUUAGUGCUAACCAGCGGGGAGGAAGACCUCAUCAAAGCUUCCCACAGCAACAGCCAAUUGGAGCCUUUGUCUUCGCCCCCAGUUGAAGAUGUCAUCGAGGACACCGACAGCCUUGUCGACAGCAGCGAGUCCGAGCCUCCAGCCUUCAUGGAUUUCGUUCACGCAGUUGCGAAGGACCCCUUUGAGCACGCCCUGUGCCGGCAGAUUUCCGAGGACGCGUCGAUGUAUGGGACUCCCGGAGGCUUUGAUCGUCCCCGUGCCAUCGCACUGGGACAUGACAUGCCUGAAACAGCUUCGCAGAAGAGUCAAUCCACCUCUUCGCCCCAUUCCCCGAGCGAGGAGCAGGACCGCAUCUACUGGAUGGUUUGA